CGGCUGGACGGGCAAAGUAAGAGGGCACUCCUGAAACUGGAACAUGCUCAUUGUUAAGUCCUCGAGGCUAGAGAGAGAGGCUCGUCGUCAUGAAUUGGUCCUUGUGCCUCUCCCAAUGCCUCCCGGCGACUCGAGGCUACCGCCAUCAUGCCAGCUUUUGGAGAUGCCGCGGCUCUAGUGUUGCCCGCCGCACCGGGGGAUACCGCCGGGGCCGGAGCCGACCCGGAGCCAUUGACUGCCCAGACGGACACAAAACGGGAGCAGACACCGGGGAAAGCGCUGUCGUCAUGGCCCUCAGGCGCCUCCGAGCCCCGAAAUGAUAAACCGGCACUCUGGGCACCGUCAAUGGCUCGUUUCCUGCCGUUUCUCCUUCUUCCCAUCGUCAUGGCUCCCGCCCGAUGCCGCUCAGUGAGCUUCCCAAAAGUGGAAAGGAGCUUGGACCAACUGGGAGACGCUUCUCAAAUUCUCACCCGACGGUUCUGGAGUCGUCCGCCAACCCGAAAUUACCCACGUCGCACGCCCCCCUUGGGCCGAAAAUUUUUCGCCAUCCGUCUGGCGCUGGCGCUCCCGCGCUUACUGCCUACAAUUGAAGGCAAUCCCAAUCUCGGCACCGCUAGAAGCCCCCAAACGCCACCGCUAUCGCCACUGAGCGCCGAGCACCUGAAGCCUGAAGUGAGAACAUCCUCUGCAGUGCUAUGGAUGCACCGCAGAUGGGGUUGGAGCUGGUUACUGGGGUGCUGGUGUGGUUCAAGUAAGGUUGUCCGAGUUCUCCUGACUGCAUACUUUACAGUGCGGAAUCUUAUAGACCGCACAUGCCCAAUGGGUGAUCCCGUUGGAAUGGCCGAGCCAGCGACAGUUCCAAGCGAACUCUGCCUCUUCACGAGCUUGAUGCCUGGUGACGGGACGAUGCCUCGGGCCCAAUGGCUUGGAAACCCAGUUGAAAUCGCAUGUUUUCAACCAAUCCAUCAUUCGAGUUGCUCAUCGAGGUGUUGAAAGACCACCUACACCAGCCAAUGGCCAGGAAUACCGUUGACAUCGUAUUGACAGAGGCCAACUCUCUCUGAAACUUUCCAGCCUGGGGCUGCGCGGCUGCGUCAUUUCGACGCAGCCAGGCGUUGAUGCUUUUACUGGUCAUCGUUCCCUCCUCUAGCAUGCGGCCUGGGGCAACCACAGUUUG